AUGUCUCCACUUGCUGACAUCCGGGUGGGAAACUCUCGGCACAUCUUGUACUACCUAGAGGAUCAGCUGGCAGUCUUGGACAGAGCCAACACAUGGUACCUGGACAGCACCUUCAAGAUUACCAAGCGUCCCUUCCAGCAGUUGUUCAGUGUCCACGCAUUCGUUAAGGGGGACAGCGGCCAGCAGAAACAAGUUCCUUUGGCAUUUUUCAUGAUGUCUAGUCGCACCAAACGUGACUACAAGAAGGUCUUGAAGCGCCUGAAGAAGACGCUACCAUCCAGCGGGUCCAGGGUGGAAGAGAUGGUUGUUGACUUCGAAUCAGGGAUGUGGUCGGCCAUCCGUCUUGUCUUUCCUGAGGUGCAUGUGAGAGGGUGCCUGUUUCAUUGGAAUCAAGCGGUUUGGCGCCAUUGUCAACAAUUUGGUCUCGUCAUCCCGUUCAACACCGAUGUCUCCUUCAGGCAGUAUAUCAAGAAAUUGAUGGCCCUGCCGUUCUUGCCUCACGAACAUAUCCCCAGGGCGUUUUACAAGUUGCAGGAACGAACAAACUCACCACCCUUGAUCCAGCUGUGUGAGUACAUCGAGUCAACAUGGAUCAUCAGCACCAAGUGGGCACCCUCCAGCUGGACCGUCUUCCUGCAAAGUACGCGCACCAACAACGACGUCGAAGGGUGGCACCGGCGCAUCAACUUCAAGGCCGGCCGACACGGACUCCACUUCUACAAGCUUGUUCACCUGCUCCACCGAGAGGCGUCACUAGUCAGCGUUCAGAUGAAGCUCAUCAAGGAAUCCAAGCUAGCAAGAUAACAGCGCAAGCAAUACGUAAGAACUCAAGACAAGGCGUUCAAGUUAUGUGACGCCUACCAAGGCGGACGACUUACAACAUCCAGCCUCCUGUCUGCUUGCAGUCAUCUCAACAGUCCAUCUGCCUGAACCCGGUAAAGACAAGUCACCCCCC